UCGGUGUGCAGCUGCCGCGUUAAUGGGUAAUCAGUCAUCAAACAGAGCAGCGAUCGCUGUGGUUCUGGAAUACGUUCGAGUGUGGUCAUGUACGUCUGGACGGUUCUGUGGAUCCUGCUCUUCGCCUCCGAGGCCGCGCUGCAGGAACACGACUAUGGAGACGAAACAUACGAAGAUCCGCGGCCUCUGAACUGCUCGACCACGGAGAGCAUCAAAGGUGGACAUGUCACCUACUCACAGGGAGGACUGGAGGGCAGCGUGCUGACCUAUCACUGCGGCGUGGGCCGAUACCCUUUCCCGGUGAGCCAGCGGCUCUGCGGCGCCGAUGGGGAUUGGUCCCUCGUGAGGUUCACUGACGGCAGACGUGUGCACCGGGUCACGUGCAAAGACGUGCUGUGUCCCGCUCAGCUGCAGCUGGAUCACGGGGACCUGUUUCCCAGAGACCAGUGGUCCCGCGUCGGGGCGACGCAGAGCUUCUCCUGCCAGGACGGCUUCACGCUGCACGGGUCGGCCCAGAGGAACUGCACCGUCUCCGGGGAGUGGACUGGGAGCGCUCCCGCCUGUGUCGACCACGCGGACGACUGCAGUGACCCGGGGAUCCCACCGGGGGCCCUGAGGUCAGCGGGCCGGUUCCACGCCGGGGAGAAGGUGACCUACCGGUGUCAGGCUGGUCUGGAUCUGCUCGGGUCGGCUGAAAGGGUGUGCCUGGAGAACCGGGAGUGGAGCGGCUCAACGCCGCGAUGCCAAGGCGCGAAUUCCUUUGACUCCCCCAGCGUUGUGGCAGCAGCCCUGGCGGGGUCACUUGCAGGAGUCAUGGACGUAAUGUCGCCGGACUCCAAAAAGAAAGAUGUAACAGGGUCCUUCGCCAGGACCUUCCGCGUGGCCGAAGGAAGUCGCAUGAAUGUCUACAUUUUACUGGACACGUCGGGGAGCAUCAAAAAGCAGGACUUUGAACUAUCCAGGAGCGCCACCAUUGCUCUCAUCAGAAAGCUGGACAGCUACGAGGUGCAGCUGAAGUUCCACGUGUUGUCGUUUGCCAGCGAGACGAGAGACAUCGUGGACAUCAUGGAGCCGGAAAGUGGCAACGCGGACCACGUCGUUUGGAGCCUGGAGCAGUUCGACCACCUGAGCCACGGGCGUAAGACGGGCACCAACCUGCACGCCGCCCUGCAUCGGGUCGCUGAGGUGAUCAGCUUCUUGAAGCAAAACAGCGCCGGGAACCAUUUCAACGAGACGCAGAACAUCAUCGUCAUAGAAACAGAUGGUAACUCCAACACCGGCAGAAAGCCUCAGAUCGCCUUGAACCAGAUCCGAAAUCUGCUGGGCUACAGCGCCGCGUCCCGCUAUCACACAGACGAAACCAUGCUGGACGUCUAUGUUUUUGGAAUUGGGGAUCAAGUCAACAAAGCUCAGCUGAACUCCAUAGCCUCAAAGAAACAAGGCGAGAACCACUUCUUCGUGGUGAAAGACUUCCAAACCCUGGGGGUGGUGUUCAACAAGAUCAUCAGUGAUCACAGUGUCACAAUGUGUGGCGUAGCUCAGGAGCGGGAGGACGAUAUGAGGACCUACACCAGACCCUGGCAUGUCACCUUGGAAAGGUCCUCAAAGGCUGCGCUGUGUGUCGGAUCCAUCGUGAGCCCGAACUGGGUGCUGACAGCCGCUCACUGCUUCAACGGGCUGAGCGCCGGCGACCUCCAGCAGCUGCACGUAAGCCACGGUGACGGCGAGGCGGUUUCCCAGAAGGUGUUCAUUCACCCGGAGUACAACGUCAGGGCCCUCGAGCACAGGAACGUGUCCGAGUUCUACGACUACGACGUCGCUCUGGUUCAGCUCGACAGGAGCGUCCCGCUCUCCUGGAGGGUCAGACCCAUCUGCUUGCCAUGUACCGUACCAGCGGAUCGAGCCAUGAAGAGAGUCAACUCCACCUGUCAGCAGCACAGGAAGGAACUGCUUCCACGCGAGGAGACCGCCGCCUUUUUCAUCCACAAGAACGACGCACGCCAACAGACGCACGUUCACACCGAGAGCCAGAGGCCCGGCUGCGUGGAGAAGGCGAGGCGAACGCUCAGAGAGCCCACCGACGUGACUUUGGAGGAGUACAUACCCGACAGGUUCCUCUGCUCCGGGGGCUCCUCAGGGUACCAGGACGCCAUCAGCUGUAAAGGCGACUCGGGUGGAUCCCUGUUUCUGCAAAAGAGAAAUCGCUACUUUCAGGUGGGAGUCUUGAGCUGGGGCACGACGAACGUGUGCGACUCCCCCGGCAGGAGAGCGCACAGCAGCUUGAGGCCGCCCCCGGACGCUCGGGACUUCCACAUCGACCUGUUCGCGGUGAUGCCGUGGCUGAAGCAGCGGCUCGGGGGGGAAGUCCAGUUCCUGCCCGACGUCGACUGAGGACGUCCAGAAACGGCCUCGAGUAAGAAGCAGUAACGCAGUGCAGAACUCAACAGAGCGCGUCUGCGAAUGUGGGAAUAAUCAUAGAGUGUGUUCUAAAACUUUAUUGUAGAAAGGAAUAACACUGAUUUUUUUUCACUUGUAAAAGUUUGGAAGGUUUUUAUCAUCCGACAAAAGUUCCCUGAGCUGGAUUCUUUGUCAAAUCAACAUGAAUAAAUGAGGUAUAAAUAAUGGAAAUUACUUUAAAGCAGGUCCAGUUACCAUAAGCUGAAA